AUGUUUAAAUUUUUCGAGAUUCUCUUUAUCGUUGGCGCCACGGUGCAGGUCGUGAGUUGCAAUACUGGAAAUAGCGACUACUCCAUGAGCGACUACUCCGUCAACAGCAACACUGAUGAAGUGUCGACGAGUGGGGGCUAUUACGGCGCUGGUUAUCCACAAUACACGGCACAGGAUGUAGCCAAUGCGGCGUCAAGAAUGAAAGAUCAGCUCCAGUAUUCGCUUGACUACGGGAAAAAUAUGUCAAUUCAGUUCAUCGAUUGCAUCUAUCAAGGCCUUAAAGAGCAUGCAAAAAUGAGCAAUGUCAACGCCGAAGUCUUCAAGAAAGGAGUCUACGCCUUGGCAAGAACGCUGAAAAAUCAAUUGGCCGACUUUGCCGCUCGAAUCCAAUCGGCGACGAUCAUGGGUAGACACCCGAAAAAUCACACACGAGGCGGAAACGGGACCUCGAGCGGAAAUGGAACACAUGACGACACGAUGCCGGAUGACUCGAAUAUGUUCAAUGACACGAACAAUUUUUGGGAAGGACAC